AUGGCGCCCGAAUCUACCCAGUCCAAAGGCGGGGGAAUGAUGUCGCUUUAUGCGAAUCUACUCGAUCCUUCAGCCGAGUCAACACCGGGAACGAUAUCCCGCGCCCCCGUGGUCUUCAAGCAGAGCUUCGAGACCGACGCGCAACCUGACGAGUCCGCUGCGAAUAAGCAGCAGCUCAAUGCUGCUUCUUUACGAUUUCAGCCCACUAAGCGGCCCCAACUGAACCAGAAACCCAAACCCAAGCCAACACUACCCAAGGCAGGGCUACCGCCUAGUGCGAUUCAACAUGCGAUUUCAGCUGCAGCGCCUGUGAAGAGCAAAUUGGCAGACUGGGCCGCCACGGAAGAGGAUGAUUUUGACUACUAUGUGGGCGAAAAGCGCCAACGAGGCGGGAGGAAGAAGCGCAAGAAGAACCGAGAGCCGCAGAUGGUCAUGCAGAACUGGGAUGACAUCUAUGAUCCGUCUCGUCCGAACAACUAUGAGGAAUACCGACAUAGCGAUGAGAAGAUCCUCGAGGUGCGCGAAUGGAAGGAUCGCUUGUAUGCGCAUCGCAUGAAGCGCUCGCCAACACCAGACUCGGAUAGCGACUACGACCGGCCAAUGAAUCGUCAAUUUGCGCCUCCUGGAAGCUUUGCGCCGCCGCCGAACCUCAAUGAUAUUCCACCUCCACCUCCCGCAGAUAUUCCUGAUGAUCCCUCAGGUGAAGAUGCAUUUGCGCGCCGUGCACGCAUGAGUCAAAAUCUGAACAGUGAUUUGGGCACAUCAAACUAUGCUCAGCCUCCACCUCCUCCACCAGAAGACACCUCCGCUCCUAUGGAUGCCACACAGAAUCAACCACCAGUCCCACAACCACCACAACCCCUCGAUGCAUUCCAACCCAGCUCCGCAACUAUCUCCCGCGCCCCAGUCCGCUACACACUGCCUCCACCACCCGAAGACAUUCCCAAGUCCGAAGCCGAAUUGGAAGAAAUGCUUGCAAACGAACAAGAAGCAGCGCCAGAAGAUAACGAAGAUGCGCCGCGCUCACGGCUUCCCGGUCAAAAGGGCUUUGCCGAACGACAACUGGCCAAAUACGGCUGGACUAAGGGCUCUGGACUUGGUGCCACAGGCUCAGGUAUCGUCAACCCGCUACAAGUCAAGGUUGAGAAGCGGAAGAAACGACCCGACUCCGAAGGUGGCGGUUUCGUUACACCUGGUGGACGCGGAAAGAUCAUUGGCGGCAAGAAGAAGAGUGAGGAUACAGGCAAGUUUGGCCCGAUGAGUCCUGUGGUUAUACUUCGGGGCAUGCUAGACGGUAUGGAUCUGGAUGAGGAAUUGCACCGCGAGGGGGGUGGCUUGAUGCAAGAGAUUGGAGAGGAGUGUAAUGAGAAGUACGGCCGAGUGGAGCGGGUGUACAUUGCGCGGGACGCGGACACGCCUAUUCCGGUUUUCGUCAAGUUUACAAAUGAGCUAUCAGCCCUACGAGCUGUCAAUGCACUCGAAGGGCGAAUCUUCAACGGAAAUGCAAUCCAAGCUCGGUACUUCGACCCCGAGAAAUUUGAACAGGGGGUUUACGUCGAAUAA